CAGCCAUUUCAGUUUUAUUUUUUAGUUCCUGUAAAACUCACAGUACUACUUUCUUUUGCACUUAGCUCGGCUUGAAGCAAGACGUUACGAUGAAGGCUAAAGGAGAAUUGGUGGAGUAUGAAGUCAUUGGAAGGAAACUUCCUACAGAGAAGGAGAAGACUACUCCUCUUUAUAAAAUGCGCAUCUUCGCCCCUGAUGCCAUCGUCGCCAAGUCCAGAUUUUGGUACUUCUUACGUCAGUUGAAAAAAUUCAAAAAAUCUACUGGCGAAAUUGUUUCAUUGAAACAGAUCCCCGAGUCUACUCCAACUAAGAUUAAAAACUUUGGAAUCUGGCUCCGUUAUGACUCUCGUUCCGGUACCCACAACAUGUACCGCGAAUACCGUGACAUGUCAGUAAGCGGUGCUGUUACUCAGUGCUACAGAGACAUGGGCGCUCGUCAUCGUGCACGUGCUCACUCAAUCCAAAUUAUUAAAGUGGAAAUCGUGAAAGCUGCGAACUGCCGUCGUCCGCAAGUCAAGCAAUUCCAUGAUUCCAAAAUCAAAUUCCCUCUUCCCAAGAGGAUUCAUCACAAAAAUCGAAUGCCGCUUUUCAGUGUACGCAAACCACGUACAUACUUCCUUUAAAUAUACGCUCCGAUUUUGUGUAUUAUUAAUAUAAAUAAAAAAUGAAUCAUGUAAUUCAUACUA